AUGUCGCACGAACAACGACAGGCUUCGCUGCAACGAGUGAUGCUUGAGAAGACCUAUAAGAACGGGUCGGCUAACGAGUCUUUGACCAUACAGGCGCAGAAGUUCAUCGCUGCCUACUCUGCGUUCUUGAAGCGUCAGGGAAAGCUCCCCAUUCCUGGAUGGGUUGACACUGUCAAGACCUCCGCCUCCAACGAGCUCCCUCCCCAGGAUGCCGACUGGUACUACGUCCGCGCCGCUGCCGUCGCCCGUCACAUCUACAUGCGCAAGACCGUCGGUGUUGGCCGCCUCCGCAAGGUCCACGGUUCCGUCAAGAACCGUGGUUCCCGCCCCAACCACCACGUCGAUGCCUCCGGCUCCGUUGACCGCAAGAUCCUCCAGUCCCUCGAGAAGAUCGGUGUCCUCGAGACCGAUGAGGAGAAGGGUGGCCGCCGCAUCACCCAGAGCGGCCAGCGUGAUCUUGACCGUAUCGCCAAGACCACCGUUGACGAGGAGGAGGACGACGAGUAA